UUCCUCUCCCCUCUCUCCGCCUCCUCUAUUCCAGGAGCCUCCUCUUUCCUCUUUCUAGAGGGAGAGGGAGGGACCCGCAGCCGCGGCCGCCGCACCGCCACCCGCGCCGCGCCACCCGAUCGAGCCGGGGUAGGGUUCCCCUACGCCGUCAGGCCGGCGCCAUGGCGGGCUGCUCCAGGGGCUCGCUCCCAACCUGGAUGACCGCCGCCGCCUCGCGGGUCGACCUCACCGGCGGCGCCGUCUCGCCGUCGCACCAGGGCUCGGCCUCCCCGUCCCCCUCGUCCUCCUCCUCGGGCCGCGCAGCCGCGGGGGCGGACCAGGAGCUCGGGAUGUUCGAGCGCGCGCUCUCGCCGCCGGCCGCCUUCGUCUCCGCCAUCAUCGUCACCCCUCGACGUGUUCUGCGCACGAGGUUGCAGGCGCAGGCGGCGGGGGUGCUGUAUCACCACCCUCCCCAGAUGGCGGCGCUCGGGCCGGAUGCGAUCCUGUCUGAAUUCAAAUGUUCUCCAUCAUGCACCCGUGGUCUCAUAUUGGGCGAGCCUGUUUGCCCUCCUGAUUGCUUCCAGUACAAGGGAACACUUGAUGUAUUCUUGAAAGUCGUUAGACAGGAGGGAUUCGGUAGAUUGUGGAGAGGAACAAAUGCAGGCUUGGCAUUAGCUGUACCAACUGUUGGAAUAUACUUGCCAUGCUAUGAUAUAUUCCGCAACAAGAUUGAGGAUUUCACAAGAAGUAAUGCUCCAGGAUUGACACCAUAUGCCCCGCUAGUAGCAGGAUCAGUUGCACGUUCAUUAGCGUGUAUUGCUUGUUCCCCAAUUGAGUUGGCAAGGACACGUAUGCAGGCAUAUAAAGAGUUUCGUCCUGGUGUAAAGCCUCCUGGAAUGUAUAAAACAUUGGUUGGUGUUCUCUCGCCGCUUGCAAGUUCGAGUCAGAAUGUUCAAAACUACCGUGCUCUGUGGACUGGGGUGGGUGCGCAACUUGCUCGGGAUGUUCCUUUCUCCGGUAUAUGCUGGUCAACUCUUGAGCCCAUCCGGAGAAAACUGCUUGGUCUUGUUGGAGAAGAAGGCAAUGCAGCUAGUGUAUUGGGAGCAAACUUUGCUGCUGGCUUUGUGGCAGGCAGUUUUGCUGCUGGUGCUACAUGCCCUCUGGAUGUUGCAAAAACAAGGAGACAGAUAGAGAAGGAUACUGAGAAGGCAAUGAGAAUGACUACAAGGCAAACAUUAACUGAGAUAUGGAGGUCUGGAGGUGUGAAAGGUUUGUUCACUGGGGUUGGCCCACGUGUGGCUCGUGCUGGUCCAUCAGUUGGCAUUGUUGUUUCUUUCUAUGAGGUUGUCAAGUAUGCUCUUCAUCAAAGCCACACCUCAUGACCCAGAUUUGUUGAAAAGACUGAAGUUUCUUCUUGACUUUGUAAAAACAAGACCUACCAAUCCCCAGAAGCACGCUGGGUUACUCUGAGCUUUGGACAGGCAGGGCGAGGUGUAAGUUGGAAGAUUGGAGUGCUUAGCAUCAACACUCAACAAGGCCUUUUUCAUGGACGCAGUCCAUUUUGGCCUAAGAUAACGUCUCAGUUUUGGUUUUGGUGGAGCAGGCUCCAGUUGUCUGGCAGGGCUUUGGACCAUCGUCUAAGCUUAUGUUUUGGAUGAAGCUGAAGCUGCUUCGAUUAACUUAGGUAGACCCUGUAAUUGGAGGUGUAGUAAGGCUGAUGCAGAUCAAUAAUAAUACGCUUGAAACUACAGAAGAAAUUUUGCAUGUUUCAGUCCCCAAAGCUUUCAAGUGGGCAUAUAGUUGCCGGCUUAGUUUUAAGCUAUGUACUCUGCUUUACGAUCUACGUGCACGACCAUGGAUAGCAUGGUUUAUUGGUUUCCUCGUUUCUUAUCACGGUAACAAGUUCUUUUACUCCCUCUGUUCAAAUUACUGUUCCUUUGAGCACCCUAUCCCAAAUUACUAUUCA